AUGAAGAAAGAGCUUGAACCUAUUUGUAUUAAGUGGCCAUCAAAAGAACAGAUUAUUCACUUUAUGCCACCAGUGUUCAAGUUGUUUUACCCUCAUUUAGUGUCAAUCAUUGAUUGUACAGAAAUUCAAAUGGAAUCACCAUCUGGUCUUGACAACAGGUCAUUGUGCUAUUCCAGUUACAAAUCCCAUACAACAAUGAAAGCUCUUAUUGGUAUUACUCCUAAUGGCGUUCUGUCAUUUUGCAGUGAUCUUUACUGUGGAUCCAUCAGUGACAUUGAGAUUGUGAACAAAUCUGGCUUUUUAACACAUUUAUGUAGAGACGAUUGGGUGAUGGCAGACAAAGGUUUUACUAUAAAAGAUGAAUUAGCAGCAGUUGGGGCAAAGCUAGCUUUGCCACACUUCUUAAGUGGGAAAACUCAGUUCACCAAACUGGAAUCAGAUCAUAAUAAGAAGAUUGCAAGCCUCCGCAUACACGUUGAAAGAUACAUGGAGAGACUURAGAACUGGCAUGUCUUUGAUCGACCAGUACCAAUACACCAUUUCGCGGAUAAUUCGAAAGUUUACAUUACGUUGUUAUGGUAA